AUGGAGCUCUGCAACGUCGCGACAGAGGAAAACUUGGAGCCAUCGGAUCAGCUAUCCUGCUCCAGCUGCAACCAGCUCGCACUCACCCUGAAGGAGAAGUUUGAGUCCACCGAACGCAACGCGUUGGUUGCAAGCUUGCUGGACACAUGCAACAGCCUAGACAGCCUAUCGGAGGCUUGCUUCAACAUCGUGGCCAACUACUUUGACGAGAUCUAUGGGCUGGCCAAGCAGUAUCUGCAGUCUAAUGAGAUUUGCCGUGAUAUUGACAUUUGUGCAAGUUCUGCAACCGAACGAGAGGCAGCGCUAUCGACCGCAGUCUGGAACGAGGUGACGGUGUGCACAAAGUGCAAGAAAGUGGUAAAGCAUAUGCGCGCUGCUAUCCUGAAAGGCACAACAGAGGCCCAGUUCAGGGAGAAGCUAAAUGGCCUAUGCAUUAAAUGGCACGUCAAGAAGGCUGAGUGCAAGCUGCUCGUUGACGAGUAUUAUCACACUCUCUAUAACUUAUUGAAGAGUUCAAUGAAUGACGAAAGCAUAUGUCGCAUGCUGCGAUUGUGCACCAAGAACAAACAGUUGACAACACCAAUUAGACUGGAAAUUAAACUCUUAGAUAAAAAUCAUGGCGAGGAGCUGCAGUCAGGUGCUGGCCAGUCUGGCGACUGUGAGCUCUGCGAAAUGGUGAUCCUGAAGAUGCGUGAACUCAUAAAAUACCAUAAUGAUAGCAAAAUCGCAUUGGAUCACGUCUGUUAUCUGCUAGAGACGAAAAACCUGGAGAGCCAAUGUAGAAAGAUGUUGAGUCACCACUCCGAUUCGAUUAAGAAACUAGUUUUGUCGAAUAAGGCGCAUCAACAGAUCUGCAGAGAACUAAACAUGUGCCUAUUGUACGAGGCCCAGGAUGCUAUGAAUGUUGACGAGACUCUUGACUCUCUGUCCGAGAAGCGCGAUCAGUUCGAUGUUGCCUGGCGGUUGCAUGCUUUGCCAGCUGGUCGUAAUACAAAUGAAGACGUUCAUCAAUACUAA